AUGAAGAGUGGCUGUAAGAUAUGCCAUGGCGGAGAGAGUGCAGAUGAUGAGCUGUUUAGCCCGUGCAGAUGCGCAGGAACAAUAAAAUAUAUACACAAAGGAUGUUUGCUGUCAUGGAUGGCAUUUACAAAAACAAAUAGAUGCAAUAUCUGUCAUUAUCAGUAUAAAUUUAAGGAGGUGUACAAGGAGGAUGUUCCUGAGCGACUGCCUAUAUGGAUGAUUGUGAAGGGAGUAGCAGAAGCAGGAUGGAGGGUGAUUACGGUGUUAAUAUGGAGCCUGCUGCAUGUUUGCAAAUGGAUUGGGAUAUUCUAUGUGAAUGGAGGAGUGUUUAUGCUGUGUAUUGGAAUGUGCGUUGAGAUGGAUAUAAUGUCUAUAGGACAGGUAGGAAUGCUUAUUGGCGCAGGGAUUCCGUUGACAUGGCUGGCGCAGAUGAACCAGAUGCUUUUUGUACAGAUACGCAAGAGGGUUGAUGCGGAUGCUCGAAGACGAGGAAUGCGUAGUGUACUGAUGACUGUGAGGAAUGAGGAAGCGAGUGUGGAGCCUAAUGAACAAGGAAACAUAAGAAGAAGGAAUGUGAAUGUAGGAGAGCCAGAAUAUAUAGCGAAUGAAAUGAAUUACAUGAAUGAAAGUGUGAGUGAUGUAUCAGUGCCAUUGAAUGAGAGGCAGAAUGAAUUGAAUAUGGGAUUAGAAGUGAAUGUGAGUACUAACAUGAAUGGAAUAGAGAUGGGAGAUGGAGUGCCUGAGACAUCACAAGAGUCUAUAGCACUUAGCAGUCCGUACAGCCAGUGUAUUAAUGCAUUGAUGAAAGCAGUGCAUGAGAUUUAUGGACUAACAGUGCCUGUGCUAUUUCUUCCUGGGAUUUAUGCGAUUAGUAGAAUGGCUUAUGUGCCUGCGAUGCGUUGUUCUUUUGCAGACUUUUUGGAUGAUGUAUGGCUGAAUCAAGUGUGUAAUAGAAUGAUGGCUUUUGGAAUAGUUUUUUGGAUAGUGAUAGAAUUUAUGGAACGUAUGCAGACUAUGAUGAAAGGAAGGUUGAUGAGAGCCACAGUAUUGUUUAUGAAGACAUAUUACAUAAUUCUUGUGAAUACGAUCUGCAUAAACAUGAUACUUGGAUUGGCUAUCCAUUACAUGUUUGUGUGCACAUUGAAUGGAAGAGUGAGUAUUCUAGAGAUUGGGGAUGAGUAUGGAAUGGUGGUACAAGGGAUAAUUUCGUUUGGUUUGCAUGUGUUUAUUGGUCAUUCAUUUGGCAUGGGAAUGAGGAAUAUUCUGCUGGCAUUCAAGAAGUGCUUCCGAGCAGGAGUACUUCACUUCGUUCCAGACGAGGAGGAAUCUAGAAUGGAUGAGCUUCAUGAGGCGUCUAAGAUGCCAAUAGGCAAGGUCCACCUGAAGAUUGGAAUGCUGCUUGCUUUUAUUUUAUUUCUCUAUGGCUUUGGAUUCAAGGUAAUUCGGAGUGUGUGUGGAGAGAUUGCCAGACCUGUGGUAAUUGAUGGAUAUUUGAAGAUGUGUGUAAUGUGUAAGAUGUUUUCUGUGGCGAUGUACUCGAGCAAGAUACUUUGCGAGUAUUUGGUUUAUGGAGUGAACAGGAUGGUUAUGCUUGAGUCGAAGAUCCUGAGUAUGGAUAAUUUCCUAUACAAUGCGUGUAUCAAGAGAUAUGAAAAGGAGAGAUUAAUUUGGUGUGCAAAUAAGAACAAGAUAUUUAGAAGGCAGCAUAUACAUGCUAGAGGCAGAAGAAGAGUAAAUGAUGAGGAGAUUGAAAAGUAUUUUAGAAAACAAUGCAAUACGGAUUUUUCAAUAUUCUAUGUACCUAGGAUGUUUGCAAGCAGAUGCAUGUGCAUUGGUGUUUCGGUGGCAAUUGUUCUGUAUGGUAUCUGUGCAGGAUAUUGUAAAGUAACUAAAUUGGUUAUUGAAUGGAUAGAUGUAUCUGCAUAUGUGGGCGAUGAUGUGGAUGUUAUGUUUAUAAGUGUUCUUGUGAUUCUGCUGCGGAUUACCUGGAUGAUUAUUUUUGUAGUAUAUGAAAAGAUGAAUAAAGGGAGAGGAGUGGGAAGGUUGUGUAUAGCAUUGUGUAAAUAUGGAGUUGCGAAUGUGUACAUGAAUCUUGUGUAUCCAGUGUUUGGAAGCAUGAUGGUGAUGAUGUUAUUGAAUGAUGAUUAUGAAAGGGAUGGAGCAUAUUUGCUAAAGCUGUUUGUAUUUUUUUUCAGCUCAACGUCUAUUGUCAAAGGUAUUUUUCACUCAUCUCCUGAGAGUUAUUCGUUUAAGGCACUCAUACGUGAAUUAUGCAAGAUUAAUGCACUUUUAUCGAUUGUUCUUGGAGUGUGGUAUAUAUACAAUGCAACAAGAAUGUUGUUUGGACUGAGUAAUGUAGAGUUUGUUGCGAUUUGUGUACUUGUUGGAUAUCUACUUUUUGUGAGCAAGAAGGUUAGACAGAGGAUUAGUGGAGGCAAGGGAUUCUAUAGGAGGCUGGUUGAGGAGAACUACCUGAUAGAGAGAAGGAUCAUGUCGGUGGAUGAAUAA